AUGGCUCAGCCCACCAAGUCUGGCAACACAAGUAAAGCUAUCCGAUGGUUUCUGGUAACGUUCAAUCGGCUCGCUGUCCGCAACCCUACCGAAUUGUACGACCAUGUCUCGCACUCACGUACCCUACUGACUCACGAUCAUGUACACAACCAUGGCGAUUUGCCUACUUCCAACCGGCACGAAGACGACACCGACACCAUAGACCGCAAAGACAGCCUUUCGAGCAGCGACCAUACUCAUAAACCACACGAAGAGCUCACAAAGAUUGAACUCUUUUACGAUCUGUUCUUCGUCGCCAAUCUCACAGUCUUCACUUACAUUCACGAUGUUUCUGACAACACGAGCCUGCUACAAUACAUAUGGUUCUUUUGCGUAUUAUGGUUCACCUGGUACCAGGUCGCGCUGUACGACGUUCGAUACUCGAAGCUCGACUGCAUGGCCGCGCGACUGAGCAAGAUGGUGCAGUUCUGCGUCAUGAUCAUAUUCGCAGCAACUGGGCCAAUGUUCAAGGUUGGUGAUACUCCAGAAAGCGAAGAUCGCUUUGGAUCCUACGUAGAGACGAACUCAUACUACGGCGUUUUCACGCUAGCACUCAUGACGAGUCGAAUCAUCCUCGCUGUUCAGUAUUACCUGGUGCGUCGACUGUACCAACGAGAUCACCCGGCGACUAGAAGGCCGUUGACUGCUUUGGUCAUUACAUACGCCUUCGCCGCCGCCAUAUACGGUGGUGUAUACCACUUCUUUACAGACCCCGGCAACAGCAAUGCCUACAUCGCCUGGUAUGUCAUCGGGCCCGUGGAAUCCAUCAUCGCAACCUUUGUUGCGUGCUCCAAGACGUCCUCGGGUCUCGACUUCCUCGACAGACUGCCAAUGCUCAAGAGAUUACUGUCAAGAAUUGUCAAAGGCGAGUCCGAAAAGCUCUGCUUCAGCAACAAGCUCCUGGUUGAGCGUAUGUCAUUACUGACGCUCAUCAUUCUCGGAGAAGGUGCCAUCAGUAUCGCCAAGCAAUGUCAAGCCGUUGCGUACGCCUGGUCGCUUACCUGGAGCGUGGUCAACGUGAUCAAUAUCCUGAGCUCGGUACUGAUCAUCUACUUCAUCUAUCUGAUCUACUUUGACUGGAUCGAGCACAACCCACAUAUCGAGGAGAUGAGUCCUGUAAGACAGAGAUUCUGGGCAGGCUCACACUUCUGGUUACAUUUAGCCCUCGUCCUUGCAAUUCAAGGAGUGAAGCUCUCGAUUCUGUGGGGUGCAGCUACUGAGAAGAUCCGGACAUUGGACAGACAUGAUCAGGAUUGGAUAGCACUACACGACCGCAACGAAGCAGUAUUGAUUAGCGACCUCGCCCGGUUCAAUACAUCGGCCUACUGGUGGAACGACACCCUCACAGAUAUCACUGGAGACCAGGCCUACAUGGUCAAAACUUACUCCGACGCACUCGAUACUAUCAAUGAUCGCUGGCGUGUCUGGGCCGCCGUGGACUUUCUUAACACCGUCGUGAACUCCGACGAAGUCAAUAUCAGUAAUGUUAUCCGAGCUUACAGGAUGCUAAACUACACCGCCUAUACUGGAGUCUACACCAUCGCUGGGUUCAGUAAGACGAAACUCAGCACCGAGGAGAGGGAGUACGAGGUCGAUCCAUUCGACAUUGAGGACCAAUUCUGGGUCGACAAGCUCGAUUCUGGUGGAAUUGGCGAAAGCAAAUAUCUGGACGACACGAAGAACCAUUUUCGUUUGACGUACAAAUACCUCUUCACCUCUAUUGGCGUCGUUGUCCUGAUGUGCGCUCUGUUGGCUUACCUAGGUUAG